AUGGGCAUUCGCCUGAGCCGCUUUGGCGAUCGGUACUACGCCAGCCAUGAAAAGGCGUUCCAGCGCAUUGAGGCAGACCUGCAUCGCCUGCAGGAGCGCCUGUCGCAGCGGCAGCGGCGGCGCGCCGCGGUCGGGCUGUGGUCGACCACGCUGGUGGUAUGCGCGGUGGUGGCCGCGUGCGUCCUCAUCUACCAGGCGCGCAGAGAAAUCGCGAUGUGCCCGUCCGCUGCCGUGCAGCAGCGCCUGCAGCAAACUCCUACACAGCAGCGCCAAUACCCCUACCGGGAGCACUUUGAGCGCGUCGCCAGCGCCGUGGCGCUGCCUGCUGGCGCGAGCGCCCUGCAGUGGCUGCUGCUGUGGCUGCUGGGGACUUUCGACCAGCGUGUGUCGCGGCGCAUCAAGGCGCUCCAGGACACCAAGCGGGCGAUGAUAAAGGAACUCAAGGACGCGUCUGCGUACGAGCGCACCAAGGCACUCAUAGAGAAGUACGACCCAGACGCCCAGCCGCUGCCUAUGAUGCCGUCCAGGGCGCUCGUGCCGCAGGGCACCUUCAUCGGCGCAGGUGCUGUCAUGCCCAACAACCUGAGCAUGCGCCCGUCGGGCCCCAGGCUCCUGCCGCGUCCCACCCUUCCGCGGCCGGGCCACAUGGCGGGCGCGGCCGCGGCGGCGAUGGGCAGCGCGGGCAUGGCGCUGGUGCCGCUGCUUGACAAGCUGGCCACCUCCCUCAUUGCGGACAACCCCGUGCUGCUGGAGGACUUGAGGCGAGCCCAGGCGCAGCUGGAGGAGGCGCAGCAGCGCGCCCUCGAGGCGGCGCGGGAGAGCGCCGCGCUGCGCGCGGAGAACACGUCGCUCAAGCAGCUGGUGUCAAACCUGGAGCAGACGCUGGGCAUCGAGCAGGAGCAAGAGGAGGGGUCUGGCGUGUUAGAGCAGGCGUCAGUGGCGCCGGGCGAGCUGGGGGCGGUGCCGUUUGACCCACAGCAAGAGCAGCAGCAGCAGCAGCAGCAGCAGGAGCAGCAGGCAGCAGCUUUUGCCGAACAACAGCAGAAGCAGCAACAUGAGAGGGAAGUUUUGGAGGUGUUGCUGCCUGCUGGGGGCGGCGGCGGCGGCGGGGAGGCGGCCAGCGAGAGCUUGCGGCAGCGGCGAGGGAAGGGCCAGCAUGAGGGAAGGACCAGCGGCAGCAGCCAGCAACGGCGCAGCAGCGGCGCAGAGGGCGGCAGCCCGCUGCGCCUCAGCGAUUCGCAGUUGCUGAGGUGGGAGCGCAACGGCUACAUUGUUACGCGUGGAUGUUUGCCAGCCUCUGACGUGGCGGCCCUGCGGCCAGAGGUGGAGGCUGUGAUUGACGAGCAGAAGCUCGCAGCCCUGCGGCACCGGGUGCGGGUGCUGUGCCCCGGCGCCAACCCUGACAGCAUCAGGACCUGCGAGGAAGCGCUGCGCCUGAUCGCGCGCGACGGCACCGACCGCCUCGGGUUCCUGCAGUUCUUUCACCUCCACAGAUCCAGCGCCGCCGUGCUGCGCGCCGCGGCGGGGGCGCGGCUGGCGGGCGUAGCGGCUCAGCUCCUGGGCGCGCGGCGGGUGCGGCUGUUCCAGGACGCGGUCUUUUACAAGGAGCCAGGCUUUGACGUCACAAACUGGCACAGCGAUCUGCGCAUGACCCCACUGGACACCAACUCAUACGUCACCGCCUGGGUGCCCCUGCGGGCCGUUCAGGGCGACGAGCACGACUCGGGCAUGGUGUUUGCCGCCGGCAGCCACCGCGACUUUGCGCUGCCCUUCUGGCAUAACAUCCAGGGGGUGGGGGACCUGGAGGCUCGGGGGUACCGGAUAGAGGGCACCGGCCCGAUGGCGGUGGGCGAUGUGUCGUGGCACCACGGCUGGACGCUCCACUGCGCGGGGCAGCAGCCGCGCCGCAGCGAGCCGCGGCUGGCCAUAGCCAUCAGCUACAUGGCAGACGGGGCGCGGUUGCUGGAUGUGAAGGGCGACCCCUCCCUCAGGAAGGAGCUGCUCCACGACGAAGACGCAGAGGGCUACGGCGCCUGGCUCAAGGAGCUUCGGGCCGGCGCUGUCGCGCGGCACGCUUUGCUGCCAAUCGUGUGGGAUGGGGGCCCCGUGGCGCUCAAGUAA